AUGACAAAUAGUAACACCUUCACCCAUUUCCGUACACUUCACACUUUUCCAGCUGCAACAUCUUUCCUUUCCUUUUUUCUUAUGGAAUCCGUUGGCUCCAACAAUUCACCUACAUCCUCACCUGACUCCCACCACCACCACCACCGCCACCACCGUCUUCAUCUACGGUUUAAGCCAAGCCAACCCGUGGCAGACCGCAUUUUUCGAGCAAUCCGCCACCGCCUUCGCCUUCUCCAUCGCUCAGAGGCCAACUUUUUUAUCUUAGGUGCCACAGGGAAUGUUUAUACUGUGACCUUAAAUGCUAUUCCUACGUGCUCAUGUCCUGAUCGUACAACACCAUGCAAGCAUAUAUUGUUUGUUUUGAUUCGUGUAUUGGGUGUCUCUCUUGAUGAUGCAUGUCUCCGAAGGAAGAGACUUAGGCCUUGCCAGCUUAAUCACCUGCUUGGAACUUCUACCUUGCCAGAGGCAUUGGCAGGGGUUAGCGUCCGUGAGAGAUUUCAUCAGUUGUUCUUUCAGACAAGGCAUGGUGCUUUGAGACCUCGUGUUGAGAUUGAAGAUGGGACAAGGUGCCCGGUUUGUCUUGAUGAGAUGGAGAAGGGAGAGAAGGUGGUGGCUUGUAGAACAUGCAGGAAUGCUAUUCAUGAAGAAUGCUUGACGAGGUGGAAAAGGAGCAGGGGAAGGAGGGCAGCUAGUUGUGUGAUUUGUCGAGCAAGGUGGAGAGAUAGAAACGAUGAAGAAAAGUAUCUGAAUUUGGCAGCUUAUGUUGGGGAGGAUGAUAUGGCUGAAGAUGGUCUUGGUAUUUGUGUUGGCUAA